GGGCAUCGGGAUAGGGGGCGGAGUGUGGCGGUUCGCGUUCGCCCCCUCCCCCGGCCCCGGGUGUCCCCGUGACGAGGCAGCGCGGAGCCGCCGCGGGCCGGGCCCAUCCCGCCGCAGCGGCCCCGGGGCCGAGCAGGGGCGAGGCGCGAAGGGAGAGGCGCCGAGCGGGACCGGGAGCGCGGCCAGAAUGGUGCUAGAAGGAAACCCUGAAGUGGGGUCUCCCCGAGCCUCAGACCUCCGGCAUCCAGGGACCCAGGGCUCUUGUGUCCUCUCUUCUCCUGGUGAAGAUGCACAGCCAGGCGAGGAGCCCAUCAAAUAUGGCGAACUCAUCGUCCUGGGAUGCUGUGAGGAAGGAGGUGAGGAAACCGAGGCUCAGAGAGGGGAAGUGACUGGUCCAAGGGCACACAGCUGCUACAACGGGUGUCUGGCAAGUGGGGACAAGGGCCGCCGGAGAAGCCGCCUGGCGCUGAGCCGCCGGCCCCAUGCCAAUGGCGUGAAGCCCGACGUCAUGCACCACAUCUCCACACCGCUCGUCUCCAAGGCACUAAGUAACCGCGGCCAGCACAGCAUCUCGUACACACUGUCCCGGAGCCACUCGGUCAUCGUCGAGUACACACAUGACAGUGACACGGACAUGUUCCAGAUCGGCCGCUCCACAGAGAACAUGAUCGACUUUGUGGUAACAGACACAUCCCCCGGGGGAGGGGCUGCCGAGGGCCCCUCAGCCCAGAGCACCAUCUCCCGCUAUGCCUGCCGCAUCCUGUGUGACCGCCGGCCACCCUAUACUGCCCGCAUUUAUGCCGCUGGCUUCGAUGCCUCCAGCAACAUCUUCCUUGGAGAGCGGGCGGCCAAGUGGCGGACCCCUGACGGCCUGAUGGACGGCUUAACCACCAAUGGGGUCCUGGUGAUGCACCCAGCAGGCGGCUUCUCGGAGGACUCAGCCCCCGGUGUCUGGAGGGAGAUAUCCGUCUGUGGGAACGUGUACACUCUGAGGGACAGCCGCUCUGCACAGCAGCGAGGGAAGCUGGUGGAAAAUGAGUCCAACGUGCUGCAGGACGGCUCCCUCAUUGACCUGUGUGGGGCCACUCUGCUGUGGCGCACGCCGGCGGGGCUGCUGAGGGCCCCCACGCUGAAGCAGCUGGAGGCCCAGCGGCAGGAGGCGAAUGCAGCACGGCCCCAGUGCCCCGUGGGCCUCAGCACCCUGGCCUUCCCGAGUCCAGCCCGGGGCCGCACAGCACCCGAGAAGCAGCAGCCCUGGGUCUACGUCCGGUGUGGCCAUGUCCACGGCUACCACGGCUGGGGCUGCAGGAGAGAGCGGGGUCCCCAGGAGCGCGAGUGUCCUCUCUGUCGCCUCGUGGGGCCCUAUGUCCCCCUGUGGCUUGGCCAGGAGGCAGGCCUCUGUCUGGACCCCGGGCCACCGAGCCAUGCCUUUGCACCCUGCGGCCAUGUGUGUUCGGAGAAGACUGCCCGCUACUGGGCCCAGACGCCGCUGCCCCACGGCACCCACGCUUUCCAUGCUGCCUGCCCCUUUUGUGGGGCCUGGCUCACCGGCGAGCAUGGCUGCGUCCGCCUCAUUUUCCAGGGGCCGCUGGACUAGGCUCCCCCAGGGCCUCGGCUGCCACGCCCACCUGCCCACCUAGAUCCCCCACCUCCUGCAGCCCAGAGGGAGCUCUGCAUGUGGGACUCUACCCGCUGGCACAUAGCCACACCAGAUGGACAUGUUGGAUGGAUGGGCUAUGCUCCUCCCCUCUUAACUCUGGUCCCUGAAACCCCUACCCCAGUCAGAAUGACGGGGCCCUCAGCACCAGCUCUGUCCCGGGCUGAUGGAGGGAAGCCCAUCCCUAUGCCUGGCCCUUGCUGGGGUGUCCCGCAUCAUGCCGCCUACACUGUGUCCCUGGGGGCGUGAAGGGGCCAUGGGUUCCUGACCCCCAGCUUAGGCUGGCCGUGCCCUGAGCCUGCCGACCCAGCUCCAGAUACUCACCCCGCUGCUGCCCUGGGUUCCUCUAUAAAUCUCGCUGCUCAGCCUGCCCUCACA